AUGUCAAUACCACAACAUAUUACACAACUUAUUCGUCUUGAAACCUUAUGUAAAGAUUGGUCAUCAAUUCAUAGUCAUUCAUGUGAAUUCUUUUCUUCAUUAGUAAAUAUUCUAACUCAAAGAGAAGCUACCACAAAUAUUUUACAUAACAGACAACAAAAAGUUGAUGAUAAUGACGAUGGAGUGGCGGAUAUUUCAAUUUCUUUAACAAAUUUAUAUAUUUCAGAUAUUGUACAAAUGUAUGAAAAAGAAUUAAUAUAUAAACGGAAUUUAUUAUUUGGUGGUGUUUUGAAAAUUAAUCAUUUUGAGGAAAAAAUUAAUAUUAAAUCAGGAAUAAAUGGUGUCAAAUUAAUUAAUGAAAGAUGGGUGAAACAAUCAUAUAUUAAUUUUGAAAUUGAAGAGGGAAUGAUUGAUAGAUUAAAAAUAUGGAAAAGAAUUAGAGAAUUUGAACAAUUAAAUAAAACAUGA